AUUUAUUUCACUUAAAACUUUCUUUCUAUAUUAGCUAUUACUCUAAUUAAUAAAUGACUGAAUUAGUUGGAACAUGGAAAUAUCUUGAAAGUUCCAAUGUGGAAGAAUUGUCUAGUGAAUUAGGUGAUUACUUAUAAAACAAUUUUUAUUUUGCAAUUUUAAAAAAUAAUCAGGAACUCCUAAUGAUGUAUAUAAUAUUAUCAAUAAAAUGAAAUCAAAUAUGAUCAUAGAUUUGGAUGAUAACGAAGUACGUAUAAAAAUGAUAAUAUGUGAUCAAGAACUGGAUCAAUCAUUUGAAUUGGGUCAAGAAGUUGAAGAAUUAACAUUUGAUGGACGAAUCGUUCGAGCUAUUGUGACCAUUGAAUCAGACAAGAAAAUGGUACAUGUACAAAAACAUGGCUUUACGGAAACUGUCAUUACACGUGAAGUUGAUGGCGACACACUGAUGACAACAAUAAAAUCUCAGCAGCAUGUAGCAACUAUCAAGUAUCAACGUGUUUGACGUGAUCAUUGGUAAAUGUUUCAUUGUUUAGUACUUUAAAUAAAUGAUGUUUAAAUAAAUAAACAUAUGAUGUUACACUACAGUUUACUUAUAUAGUACUUUAUUGGUUACAAUGAAAUUGUUAAUUUAUACCCUACAAUAACUACCCAAUGAAUAUAACUUUGAUAAUAGAAUCGUAAUUUUCUAAUUAAAAGUAAAAUAAAAUCAAUUCAUG